AUGAGUAUCACUACUCAAUAGAAGCAUUCGCCUAACAAUCGCCAUGCUAUUGGUAAUAAUAUAAGCUUUGAAAACCUUUAUUCUAACUAAAAAGUACCUAGUGAUGACAUUGAGUAAAAUAAGUAAAUACAAAAUGAUGAUUUCAAACAAAAUGAACAAAUUUCACCCAUUAUAGAUGAUGAAAGUAACAAAAUGUAAUAAUAAGUUAAGAAUUCUCCUGAUAAUUUCUCAAAAUGUGUGUUCUUUUAAUUGACAAUUCUAGGAUUAAUAUCAAUUUUAAUAGCUAUCACUAGCAUUAUUGUUUACUUUUACUUAGCUUAAUUACCAAAAGACUAUGAUUAUGUCCUAUAAAAUUGGUCUUAAUCACCUAUUACUUAAAUAACCUCAAAUGCUAACUGCAAUUCCAAGCUCAUAAAUUAUUAGUUUGAUGGUACUAGUGCAGGAUGUAAUUGUAAUUCUGCAAUUGGCUAAUACAAGUAAUCUAGUAUUUAAAUUGGUAAUUGCUCAUCUGUAUAACUUUCAAAUGGGUGUGUUUAAAUACAACCUAUUUCAUCUUAAGUGCUUUCAAAAUGGAAUGAGAAUUCUAAUUUAGAAAAUCUUUGUGUAUAGAGAAUGACUGGAUUCACUUAUAGAGAUUCCGAUUGUACAUCAAAUAAUUUUAAGUAAUGUGGAGAUUCUUCCAAUGAUUCUUUAUAUGGAUUUUGUGUACCUUCUAACCAAAGCUGCCCACUUAAAUCUAUUAAUAAUAAAUAAACUGAUAAUACUUAUAACCAAAUUGUAUCUUCUAAUUUUUACCUUUCAACUUAAUCUCCUUCUAAUAGGUCUUUCAUGACAGGUUUAUAUGUAUCACAAGGUCCAGCAAUAUGCAAAUAUUAUCUUGAUUAAUUCUACUCAGACUCAAAAACUGCCUAAUACAGUUUAUAUAUUCACUCUAAGUCACAGUGUAAUUCUGCUUAAAUUGAUAGUCGCUUCAUUUUGGUGUCUUCCGCUUCUGAAUAAUCUUAUCUUUAAGCAAAUGGUCUCUAUUCGCAGAUAACUAGUUUACCUUCCUAUCCAUAUGAUCCUAAUUUCAAAUAUUAUUUAUUUGAGUAAUAAUAUAUACCAUGGAAAUAAACUGGUGAUUGCAAGUAGAAACAUAUGAAUACAUUUUAUGAUUUAAAAGACAGUUUGACUCUUUUCAACAGAAUUUGGUUAGCUACUCUGGUUAUUAAUUUUGUAGUGAUGGCAGUUUUUAUUUUCAUAAUUUUUAAGGUUUUGAGAGAUUUCGAUGGUAAAAACUAAAAAAAAGACUAAGAGAAUAAGUUUAAAGCUUUAUUUUCUACUACUUUAAUUAUUUUACUCUUCGCAUAGUUUAUUCUAAUAUGUAUUCUUUUUGGCACAGCUCUUUAUUAAUAUGAUAAGAUAAGAGACAUGGAUAAUUCUUAGUGUUCUGAUCAACCAACAAACUUAUUAAUUUCAAACCUAAGAAACGAUUAUUACUCAGCAGAUUUUGCAAUUGCCAUAUUUAUCUUCGUUCUAGCUAUACUUAGAUUCAUUUUGUAAACCAUUUUUAAUUAUUAUAAUUAAAAAUCUAGUCCUAAGAUUUCUAAUACAAAUCAAGAGUAAGAAAGUAAAAAGUUUGUUCUUUCAGAAAUAGAAGGGCUUAACAAAAAAUAAUAAUCCGAAUAAAUCCUCUUGGCUGCUCAACCAUCUUAGAUUUAUGCAGAAUAAAGGAUGAGUAAAAAGCACAGAAGUAAUUCAAUAUAAGGAUAAAUGAUAAUAACAAAAACUUAAUUUCUAGAUGGUUUGCAUGAUUUAAGACUGCAAAAUGAAAAAGAUUAUCAAAUAAAAUAGCAUAAGAAAGAUAAAAAAUUUAUUGUAAAUAGUAACUUGCUUUUACAAGGAGACACAUUUUAUGGAAAAACUAAUUAAAUUACAAGCAAACAAUAAAAAACCUUAAAAGAGUAAUAUUCUUACAAAAUAAAUGACAAAAAGAAGAAGAAGAAUUAAAAUAUUCAAAAACUUAAAAUGGUGAGAAAUAAUCAUUUGCUAAGUAACGAUGAAUAUUUAAAUUAAAGAAUAAAUUCUAAAAAAUUUAUUGCUCUUAAAGAUAAUAAUUCUUGUGAUGAUAUUAAAAAUAGAACUUCUUUAUUUAAUCCUCUGGAUAUAGAACGCGAGGAUAAAUUGAUCCACUUAUAGAGCAUUUAAUAAAAACAGACUAUUGAUUUUGUUGACUAACAACUUGUUAAUAAAUCAACUCCACCUUUAAUCUUAGAAACCGAAGAAGACAAUACUUCUCCUUUGAGAUUAGUACAAUAAGAUAGUUAAAAAUAAAACCUACUUUCUAAGUAAGACUAAAAUAACAAAAAUCAAAUACCUGAAAAUAAAUAAAUUUAAAAUGAUAAAAAUUUAAAAAUUGAUAACCCAGAUGCUAAGUAGGUUUUAUAAAAUUAACAAGCCAAAGAAGGUAAAAAAUAACUGCAACCUAAUAAUAACUAAAUUGCCAAAGAUGCUAAUUAAUAAUAACCUAAAAAUUCUGAUGACAAUAAUAAACCUGAUAAUACAAAAAUUAAUAAUGAUGAUAUAUUGCUUGGAUUAGAAAAUGAUGAGACUACAUCAACUAUGAAAAAAAAUUAGCCAUCUGAAUUAAAUAAGAAAAAUGAUUAAGAGUAAAAGCAGGAAUAAAAUAUUGGCUAAUAGUAGAAUCCAAAUAAUUCAUAAAAUAAAUAACCAUAGCUUAACAAUGCUAACAAUCCUAAUAAAGCUGACUAAUUGAAUCUCGCUAAUAAUUAAUAAGGUCCUGAUAAAAAAUUAGAACCUAACGAAUUAAAUAAAGUUAACUAACCUAACAAGUCUGAUAAUAAAAGUUUAAAAGAAGAGGCUGCUUUGGCAGCUACAGCAGGAUUAGUAGCUGCUGCUGCAAUAAAAGCUAACAAUUAACCAUAAAAAGGUUAAUAAAAUCCUGAAGGAUAAUAGCUAAAAGACUAAAAUUAAUUAUUAAACCCUAAUGAUCCAGCCAUAUAAUAGAAAAAUUAGAUUAAAGCUAAUGAAAAUCCUAAUUUAAAUAAUAAUAAUAAUAAUAACUAAAUUACUAAUUAGUAAUAGUAGCCUUAAGAAUCACAAUUAAAUAAUAAUUAGAAACCCAAUAACAAUAUCCCUAAUAGUUAAGUUAAUAAAGAUGGCAAAAGUUAGCCUAAUAAUUUAUAAAAUUAGGGUUAAUUACCUAUUACGAGCAACCAAGAUAACUAACUCGCUUAACCUGAAAAAAAUAGUAAUAAUAAUCCCAAUCAAAAAGAUAUACAAAAUCCAAUCAAUAAUUAAAAUGGAUUAAAUCAAUAAUUAUAACCUUAAGGAUAGAAUGGAUAAUCAAAAUAGACAGAAAACAAUAAUAAUAAAAAAAAUACUCCUGCAGAUAUUCUAGUUCCUUCUGAAAUGUUAGGAGUUAAUGCUACUGAGAAAGGCAAGCCAGUUCCUUAAGAAUAAAUAAAAGGCAAAAAUUAACAGUAAAACCAAAACAAUCCCAUCUUACAAAAAGAGGAAAUAAAAAAUAAUGACUAACCUAAUCUAAAUAAAAGCAUUAGUCCAUAACCAAACUAAGCACCAUAAAAUAAAGAUCAAUAAAUGCCAAAAAAAAUAGAUUAAGAUGUUUAAAUUCCAAACAAUUAAUCUGAAAAUGGAAAGAUGCUUGAACCUAAUAGCUAAAAAAAUUAAAAUUAUUAGCCUGAUAAUAGAAACAAGGAUAGUUAACCUAAUUAGCAAGAUAUGAAUAAAAAUAAAAAUCCAAAUUUAAAAGAAUCUAAAGAUCCAUAAGGUAACUAAAGUAAUUUAGGAUAAUAAUAGUAAUAAUAACCAAAUGAUUAAACUAAGAACAGUUAAUCAAAAAAUAAUUAAAAUAAAGAUCAAGCUAAUAAUUUGGGCGAUGUUACAGGUGGCAUGGUAGCUGCUCCUUUAAUAUAAGAAAAAAAACCUACAGAAAAGGAUAAAUUAGCACCUUUAUAACAGUAAUAAAAAUAAGAUUAAAUUUAAAAUUUAAACAACAAUAAUUAAAACUAAUAAAAUUCAAAUAAAGUUAAUGAAUUACCUGAUCUUGGUAAAAAUAGCAAUUAAAUUUCUAAUUAACCAAAACAAUAAUAAAAUCUACCACCAAAUUAGAAUUAAAAUAAUAGCAAUCCAGAUUCUUAAGGUAAUAAAAAAGACCCUAACAACUAACCAAAUUCUUUAUAGGAUUAAUAGAAAAUUGCUGCACCAAAUGGCUAAUUUAAUUAGAAUUAAUAAUCUGCUAAUCCUAAUUAAAAUAGCUAAUUAACUAAGCCAGAUAUAAACAGUAUUUAAUAAUCAAAUCAAAAUUAAACUAAAAAUCCUGAGGAUAACUCAAAUAAAAAUAAUUAGUAGUAAUAAUAAAAUGAUAAAAAUUAAAGUGGUAAAUAAAAAUAACCAGAACAAAAUAAUCCUAUAUUAGACCCUUCGUUAGCAAUUAUAGGAAACAAUUUAUUAGAAAAUAGUAAACCAAUUCCUAAGGAAGAAUAAACAAAAGAUAAAAAUUAACAAUAAAAUCCAAUCAAUGAUAAAAAUUAAUUAAAAAAUAUUGGUAAAAAUAAUGACUAUCCUAAUUAGAAUGAUAGAUAAAUUCCUAUAUAACCAUUAUAGAAUUUAGAUAGCUAACAACCAAAUAUGAUGGAUUAAAAUAGUAAAAUUCCAAAAUAAUAAAAUUAAUAGUCUGCUAAUCCUAAUUAAAAUAGUCAGUUAACUAACCCUAAUAUAAACAGUAAUUAAAAACAAAACCCAAGUUAAAUUAAAAGUCCUGAAGAUAACUAAAAUAGUAUUAGUUAGUAGUAAUAGCAAGAUGUUAAAAACUAAAGUGGUAAAUAAAAAUAACCAGAAUUAAAUGGUGAUAGAUAAGAUCCUUCUUAAACAAUUUUAGGAAAUAGUUUAUAAGAGAAAGAUAAACCAAUAUCUAAAGGAGGAUAGCCAAAAGAUAAAAAUCAAUAGCUAGACCCAAAUAAAUCUCAAAAUUAAUAAAAAAGUAAUUAAAAUUAGUAACCUGUUAAUGGUGAUUAGAAUAGCUUGUUAACAAAUCCCGAUAUGGGUAAUAAAUAAAAUCCAAACUAAAAUUAAGAAAAAAAUCUGAAGGAUAACAAAGAUAAUCUUAAAUAGUAAUAGUAAGAUGGUAAUUAGAGUUAAAAAAAUUAAUUAAAAUAGCCAGAAAAUGAUAAUGCUAAAUAAAAUGCUUCAUCAGCCAUUUAAGGAAAUAACCCAUCUGAAAAAAUUAAACCAAUAUCUAUAGAGUAAUAGCCAAAAGACAAAAAUCAAUAAUAAAACCCUAGCAAUCUCUAAAAUUAAAAUAAUAAUUAUCCUGACUUGAAUAGCAAAAAUUAAAAUCCUAGCACCAAACCUGAAUAAAAUUAAGAAUAAUAAAUACCAAACAAUAAAAUUCCAAAUUCUUAAAUGGGUUAAUAGAAUUAAUAAGCAUCAAAUGUCUAAAAUAAUUAGAAUUAAUAACCUGCUAAUAUUGAUUCGAAUAAGCUUUCAAAAAAACCAGAUGUAAAAAGUAAUUAAAAUCCUAACCAAAAUUAAAAAUAGAAUAUAAAGGAUAAUUCAGAUAACAUAAAUCAAUAGUAGCAACCAAGCAACUAAAUUUAAAAUAAUUUAUCUUAAGUACCUCUGAAUAAUAAUAAUAAUAAUAAUAAAGAUUCUGCUUUAGCAGCAGGUUUAGGUAAAUAAACUUCAAAUAAUGAUUAAUAAAUCCCAUAAGAACAAAAUUAAAAAACUAAUCCUAAAAAUUCAUUAGGCAACUAAAGUAAAUAAAAUGAAUUACUAAACAAAAAUGGUAAUAAUCUAAACUUUAGUCCUGAGAAAAACUCAUAAAAGUAAAAUCAAGGUUAAAAUAAUGGUAUACUAUCUAAAGAUUAAAAUAAUUAGCCAUAGUUACCUAAUGUAAGUGAAAAAAUCAAUUAAUAAGGUAAAUUAAAUAACAAUAAUAAUCCUAGCAUUACGCAAAAAUAAACUCCUGACCUUAUUUAAAAUGACACUAAAUAAGAUCAAAAGCCUAAUGAUUUAAAUAAUCAGUCAAAAAAUGACCCUAAAAAGCAAAAUUUACCUCUACAAGGAUAAGAUAAAAUAAUAGAUGGUUAAGCAUCUCAAAAUAAUCAACCAAAUCUAAAAGAUUAAAAAGGAUUAAAUAAUAAACAACCAAUAUCAGCAAACUUAAAAGAAAAUAGUGGCGCUCCUUUUAUUAAUAAUAAUUUAUCAGAUUCAAAAGGUAAUAUUCAAUAGACUAAUAAAAAUAGCUAUCCAAAGCUAACUGAUGAUGAUACUAAUAAAAAAGAUUUAAAAAAAUAAAAUAAUGAUUUAAACAAAACAGGAUAACCACCUAAUGAAUUAAAAAAUACUAAUUAAUCUUAAUUACCAUAAAAAAAUCAUUUAAUGGAAGAAGCAGCUUUAUUAGCAGCAGGUAUUAAAGCUGCUGAAUUAGCACAAGCAAAUAAACCAAAAGAUGACCUUAAAUAGAAUCCAAAAGAAUAAUUAAAAGAUAGCAAUUAGGUCAUUAAUUCUCCUAACAACUCAAACAAUGAAAAUUUGUUAAAUGGUUAAGGAGGAAAUAAUAAUCCAAAUAAAAAUGCCUAAAAUAAAGUAGCUCCUAAUAAUGGAAUUAAUGAAUCUUUAAAUAAUAAUUCAAAUUCUAAAUAGUAAGGAAAUUAAAAUAAUAAAGCUCAAGAUGGUAAUAACACAAAUCCUGAUAAAUCAAAUACGCCAAAUGAGUAAAAUAUAAGUAGCCAAAAACAAAAGCCAGAAAAUAAUAGUUUUGUUAAUAAUAAUACAUUAGGGGCAGAAGUAAAUAUGCCAAAUAAAGGAGGGAAUAAAUAAUCAGAUAAAGAAAAGUAGAAACUAUUAGAGCAAUAAAAUAAAGAUAAAAAUUCUUAAUUAAAUCCAAACAAUUCUUAAAAUAUGUAAACAGAUAAUAAGUAACCAAAUUAAUUACCUAAUAACAUAAACAAAAACCAAAGUUAAAUUCCAAAUUAACCUCCUUAAAAUAAAUAAUAACCAGGUUAAAAAGAAAAUAAAAAUGAUAUUUUACCAAAUAGUUAAUUUGAUGAUCAAAAUGCAAAUAAACCAAUCAACAAUCAAAACUUAUCUCAACAAACGAAUAAACCAAAUAAUUAAGUUUCAAAGCCAGAAAUUAAUUUCAAUGACAAUAAGCCAAAUAACUAAAAUGAAAAAGAUUCAAUUAAAAAUUCAAAUAAAAACCAAGAUAAUUAAAAAAAUUAGUUUUAAGAACCUUCACAAUAAAUGAAAAAUGAUCCUUUAUAAAAAAAUCCAGAAAAUGACAAUUUAUUAAAAAGUGCUGCGUUAUUAGCAGGAGCAGGAGUUGCUUCCUAAUUAGCAAAUAAAGAUAAUUAAAUUAAUAAUAAUAAAGAAAUACCCAUAGAUAAUAAAAACAACUCAGAAAAAGGUCUUAGUAGUUAAGGUUAAAGCAAGGCAAAGGUCCCUGAAUAGAAUUAAAGUAAACAAGAGACUUCACCAUAAAAUUUAGGUAAAAAUGGGCCUUUAAAAUAAAAUUAGCCUACAGAAAGCACAUAUUCAAAUUAAAAUAAACAAUUACCAUAACAGAAUAACAACGAUCCUGAUUUGUAAAAUCAAAACUCCUCUACUUUACCAAAUAAUAGUAAAGGUAAAGAGACACAACCUUAAAAUUAAGACUCUUUAAAAAGCUAAAAUAAUCAGCCUUUAGAUAAUAUGUAAAAUUCUAUCUCAAAUCCUCAACAAAAUAAAAUACCUCCUAAGGAAAGUAUCUAAAAAAAUCCUUAAAGCUCAAAUUAAUAAUUUAGUGCACCUUAAAAUUAAAACCAUUAACCUUCAAACAAUCAAUCAAACUAAGGGUAGAUAGAAGCACCACAAAGAUAAUUAAUAUAAAAUAGCUAACAAAAUAAAGAUAACCCUCAAGCAAACAGCCUAUAGGGUUAAACAAAUAAGUAAAAACCUGAGUUAGAUAGCCUUGGUGAAAACAUCUUAAAUAAAAAUGAUAAUGGUAAACAAGGUAAGGAAAAUUAAAAUACCUAAUAUCCAUAAAAUAGUUAAUAAUAAAAUUUAAAUGACAUUUUUAAAAAUCCUGAAAAUAAUAAUUAAGCUCAACAAUAAGCUUAAAAAUAAAUAGAUCCAGCUAAAUUAGAUAAAAAUGGCAAUAGUUAAUAAUAAAAAUAACCUUUUGAUAAUAUAAGUAAAGAUAAUACUAACCAAAUGAUUAAUCCUAUUACAGGUAAUACCGAUGGAAAAGAAAGAUAAAAUAAUAUAAUUCCAAAUAAAGAUUUAAAAGCAAAUUAAAAAAAUUUGCCAUAAUAGUAAUAAAACUAAGGUUAUGAGAAAAUGAAUAACUAAAAUUAAGAUCCAAAUAAUUAGAAUGCUCAUAUCAAUUCUCCCUAAAAUUUUAAUAAUAAUUAACAAUAGUAACAACCUAUAAGUAACAAUAAUUAAAUGGAUAUAGAAUAAUAAAAAAAUAAUCCAAUAAACAAUUAAAAGCAAAUCAAGGACAAAGGAUUUAAUGAUUUCUAAGUACCAGGAGUAGAUGCUAUAGGUAAAUCCCCAGCUGAUAAUAAUAACAAAUAACAAGAAAAUUUAAAUUAAGAUAAUUAACCAUAUUAAUAGAGUGGUCUAUUACCUAAUAGGAAUACUGGAUAGAAUGGUUAUUUAAAUGAAAGUAAUCCAUAAAAAUAACUAUAGCCAAGCUUAAAUAAUUAAGCUAGUUAAAAUAUACAACCUAAUUAAUAAAAAGGUAAUUAAUUAGGUUAAAAAAAUCAAGAUAUUAACCCUGGAAAUACUAAAGAUCUUAUAAAUGAAUAGCCACAAAAAUAGGAUAAAAAUGGUAACAAUAAUAAUGCUUAGCCUAAGUCAUAAAGUAAUAAUCAAAUACCAUAGCAAUUAAAUUAAAAUGACAAUAUUCUUUCUAAAAAUUUACCAAAUAAUUAAUAGCAAAAAUUAGAUGACAUUCCAAAAAGAGGAUUACCUCUUAUUGAUAGUAAUUAAACAUAAAAUAAUUAAAGGUAAUAAGCCUUAGGCGGUUAAAAUACUUUGGAUGAUUAAAGAAACAAAUAAUUUGAUCCUUUGGAUACUAUAAAUAAUUAAUAAAAUGGUACAAAAAAUGCAUAACCUUAUUAAAACAAUAAUAAGAAUUUUGACCCGAAAAAUAAUUAUUAAAAUGGAAUGCCUUAAAAUACAAACAAUAAUUAAAAGUAAUAACCAGUAAAUUAAUUUUAAGAUAUUGAGAAUUAGUUAAAUUAAAAGUAACCACAGUCUUAACAAUAAAAUUAAAUACCUGCAGAAAGUAAAGAUAAGAAUAUGAAUUAAAAUAAUCUUUAAGACUAAUUUGAUAAUUAGAGUAAUAACCCAAAUCUUAAUAACAUAGGUAAUAGCAGUAGUAAAAAUUAAUCUUAAAAAAAUGAAAAACCUGAUAUUGAAAACCAAAAAGAUCCGGACAGAUUAUAUGAUCCUAAGAAUGUAAAUGAUUAACAGUAAUCAAACAAUUCGAUACCUUAAAAUAAGAAUCCAAAUACAUAUUAAAAUAACUCCUUAAACUAAGGUCCAGAAUUACCCAUUAACAAAAAUAGUUUAGGUAAUAACGAUUAAGAUGAUCAAAAUAAAGGUUAAAACAAUAAAACAAAUGAUCAGCCGAAUGCAAUUAGUAAUUUACAAAAAGAUAAAGAUGAAGAACAGUAAAGAAAUAUACUUCCUAAUCCAAAAAAUAAAAGACUUUCAUUUGUACCUAAAUCUAUUGACUACCAUCAGUUUAGUAAAUUAAAUCCUAACGAAGAAGUUAGUGAUAACAAUUCUUAUGUUAGCAAUAACUUGAAUAAUUCUUUAAAAGGAUAAAAUACUGACAAUUUUAAUAAUCUAAGUAAUUUAAAUAGAAACAAUAACUCUUAGUUGUAUAAUAAUAACUAAAAUAAUUAUCAAAAUAUGGAUUAAAAUAAUAAAAAUCAAUAAUAAUAAUAAUAAAGAAAUAAUAACUUAGAUAAAAAUUAUGGCAAUCAAUAUGAUAAUGAUGAAUACAAUACAGACCCAUUUAAUUCAAAAAAUCUUAAUUAAAGAAGAAAUGAAGAUUAUUAGAGUAAUAACCAAAGUAGAAAUUUUAAUGAUAGACCUUCAUUAACAAAUGAUUAUUACCCAAAUGAUAAAAAUUUAAGUAAAUUUUAAAAUUAAUAAAAAUAAAAUAAUUAAUUUUAAUAACCUUAAAUUAAUGAUUAUGAUUUUAGUAAUCCAAAAAUAAAUAAGUAACCUAGUAUAUAUUAGAAUGAUGAAUAAGAGUAGACUUAAGAUAAUAACCCUCAAUAUAGGAGUAAAAGAUACAGAUAAGGAUCCAGAUUAUUUUAAGCUCUACCAAUCUUAAAUUAAAAUAAAGCAUAAUCGAUAAAUGAUUUUGAUAGCAUUCCAUCAAAGAAUUAAUAUGAUGAUUAGAAAGAAAGAUCUUUAAGCUAAUUGCCAUCAUAUUAACAAAAUCAGAGAAACAGCAGAUUUAAUAUUGAUAAUGAUGAUUAUAAUAAAUAUAGACCAAGUAAUAGUAUCUUGUAAAGCUAAAACAGUGUCAAUUAUAACAACAGUAGCAAUCUACCAUAGAAUAAUUUGAGACUUUCAUAGAUAAGAAGUUAACCUUCUAUAAAAUAUGAUGAUAAUGAUAGAAACUCACUAGGAAGACUUAACAGUCUAAGAGAUUCUUUGAAUGACAUGACUUAAAAAACAAGAAACAACAGCGAAAAUAAAUAUAAUGGUUAUAUUUAGGAUUAAGAUAAUUAUUAAUAUAACAGAAAUAAUUAAAAAAAGACUUAUCUAUAGAAUGAUUAUAAUAAUGUACCUUCUAUUCAAGAAGUAGAUGAAGAUUUGAACCAGUUUUUAACUCGAUAGAGUAUUAGAAGAAGGACAAGACAGGCAACAAAUAGAAUUGCUAGUAUUAAUAAUAUUGAAGAUAAUUAUUAAGAUAGUGAUAAUACUAGUAUAGGCAGAAGAGAUUAGAGAUAAUAAAGUAGGCUUCUAAGUAAUAAUAAUGGGGGAUCUAAAGUAAACUAUAUUUCACUUCCUUCAUUGACAUAAACUAAUGGUCUCUAAUUAAGAAGUAAUCUAUAUUAAUAAAAUAGCAGAAUUUAGAAUUGA